UGGGCUACCUUGGACUAAGGUCCCCAUCAACCCUUACCUUUUUCAUUUUCUCCCCUGAACAAUGGGUGCAAUGUGCACCCAUAUGCAUAGGAAAAAGAAAAAAGCAGAGUUAAACAGAAGACUAGCUUCUGGAAGAAAAAAAUUUGACACAUCUUUGCCUGAUGGUACCAUCGCCCCAUCAGAUGACUCCUCGGUGUCCACAAUGACUGCCAACAAUACUUCAGGUUAUAAACAUCAAAUGAGCUUCCCUUGCUUCACAAACAUAUCAUGGAGCUCUUGCUACAAAACCUUCAAACUCAGCUUCACUAUUACCAACAUGUUUUACGCAACAAAGAUGAAUCAAAAGGACACCAGAACAUUCAAGGCUGCUGAGCAUAUCCUACAAAUCUUGCUCAAGGUAUUGUUUGGAAGCAGCAAGCUUGGCUCUCAGUAUUGUGGAUGCAGUGGCCUUUCACUGAGGUCUCUGAAGAACAGCAUAGCAACUGGAGUAGAUAUACUCUGCACUUUCAAGAAGGACUCCUCCAACCUUGUCCUGGACAAAAAGGUGGUUUCCUGGGAGCUGACUGAACAGCUCUGUAGAAGAGAGCUAAAACACCUGGUUAUAGACAAUGAUAGCCUUAUUGUGAAUGGGUAUCAACAUAAGCUGCCAGGAAUCAGAUCCACAAAGAGAAGUGAGGUUGGUAUAGGACCUGUCACCCAUAUCCCAGACCAUGGAGAACCAGGAAAAAUCAUGACAUCACUGACUAGUGGCCUCCUGAUCCGUGAAUCCCCUGUAAAUGCUAUAGAGAGUGACAUUGGUGUAGGGCCCUUCACCCAUAUCCCAGAACAUGGAGCACCAGGAGACAUGACAUCAGUGACCAGUGAAUCUACUGUAUGUGCCAUGGGAUUCUCUACUGAGACUUCAGGGACACUGAAGAAAGUGAGUGGAUCUGACCAGGGAAGAGAACCAACAAACUCCACCAGUAUCCCUAUGACUGGCUUUAUCGGGAGAGAUUCCAUUGAUGACACUGAAAAGGACAUACGUGUCAUGGAGACAACUCCAAGAGCCACAGCCACUCAAGACCUACUUCUCACUGUGCCCACUGGAGAAGGUGACCUCAUCCCUGGGAUGCACAGGAGAACUGUGUCCUCUCCCACCGAAACCUCAGUUCCAUCUGAGAUAUCCUCUGGAGUCACCAUUGCCAUUGCAAGGACCUCACUCUCCAUGACUCCAGUAGAAAUCACAGCUAGGUCCGGCUACAGUGCUCCCUUAAACAUCAGCCUAAGCAGAAGAACAGCUUCCCUUGAGCCUGCUACUUCGUUGGAGGACCCAAGGCCAGCCGGCCUGACUCCUGAAACUGAGAGAAACCCACAGGCAACACCAACUCCAGCUAUCACCCUGCCUCCAGCCAGCACACAGGAAGUUUGCACAACAGCAUCUCCCAGUCCUCCUGACACAACCACAGAGGGCAGCAGUGUCCAGGCAGGGACAGCCUCUGUUUCUGAUCAGGUGCCUUCCACUUCCAGCCUCUUCCCAAGAGGUGAUGCUGGUGUGUUGCCAGUCACACAUGCCCAAGGCCAUGAUGCACCAGGAAGCACAGUAGCACCAAUAAGUAGCCCCCUGACCCCUGUGUCUACUAUUAUUCCCUCAGCAGCAGGGAGAUACAACUGGAAGAGCUUCACCCUUAACUUCACCAUCACCAACAUGUUUUAUACAACCAAGAUGGCUCAAAGGGAUUCCAGCACAUUCCGUCUUCCUGAAUUUUUCCUGCAGCGCCUGUUCAAGGUAUUGUUUGAAAGAAGCAGCCUUGGCUCUCAGUAUUGUGGAUGCAAUGUGACCUUGCUGAGGUCUAUGAAAAAUGGGGCAGCAACAGGAGUGGAGGUUAUAUGUUUUUAUAAGGAAGUUUUCUCUGUCCCCAUCUUGGACAAGAAGAAGAUUUACCAAGAGCUGAGUCAAGAGACUAAUGGAAUAACAAGGCUUGGACAUUAUAUUCUAGAUAAGAAAAGCCUCUAUGUGGAUGGGUAUAACCCUCAGAUGCCACCCCGCUCCACAAAAGAAUCAGUCUACCACCAUGGGACCAGAAGAUGGAGGAAACUCUACCGAAUGAAUGGGCAUCUGUUUCAAUCCAAACGUUUUAACAGAAGAGCCUACUGUGGCCAGUGCAGUGAAAGGUUAUGGUGUCUCGGAAGGCAAGGCUACAAGUGUAUCGACUGCAAAUUACUGGUCCAUAAAGGUUGUCAUAUUCUUGUAUCACGGACCUGCAAAAGGCAUAUGGAUUUGGUGAUGCCAUCCCAAGAACCUCAAGUAGAGGAUAAAAAUGAUAAAGUUGACCUUCCCUCCGAAGAAAAUGAUGGACUCGCUUAUGUUCCCUCAACCUGGAAACAUGACAGCCUUAAAGAUGAUUCUGGGGACAUUAAGCCAGUUAUCGAUGGGAUGGAUGGAAUUAAAAUAUCUCAGGGGCUCGGGCUACAGGACUUUGAUUUAAUCAGAGUUAUUGGACGGGGGAGUUAUGCCAAAGUUCUCUUAGUGCGAUUGAAAAAGAAUGACCAGAUUUAUGCCAUGAAGGUAGUCAAAAAGAAGUUCGUCCAUGAUCAUGAAAACACCAACUGGGUGCAGACAGAGAAGCAUGUAUUUGAACAGGCCUCCAGUAACCCUUUCCUUGUUGGCCUGCACUCCUGCUUCCAAACAAGAAGUCACUUAUUCCUUGUCAUCGAGUAUGUGAAUGGAGGGGAUCUUCUGUUUCAUAUGCAAAGGAAAAAUAAGCUUCCGGAGGAACACACCAGGUUUUAUGCUGCUGAAAUAUGUAUUGCUCUAAACUUUCUCCACGAACGAGGAAUUAUCUACAGGGACUUAAAACUAGAUAAUAUCCUCCUAGAUACUGAAGGUCACAUCAAAUUAACAGAUUAUGGCAUUUGCAAGGAAGGUUUGGGCCCAGGUGACACAACAAGGACUUUCUGUGGGACACCAAAUUAUAUUGCCCCUGAAAUCCUAAGGGGAGAAGAAUACGGGUUCAGUGUGGACUGGUGGGCUCUUGGUGUCCUGAUGUUUGAGAUGAUGGUAGGAAGAUCGCCAUUUGAUAUAAUCACAGACAAAUUGGACAUGGCCACUGAAGAUGACCUCUUCCAAGUUAUCCUUGAGAAGCCUAUUCAAAUCCCCAGAUUUCUCUCUGUCAAAGCUUCCCGUGUUUUAAAAGGAUUUUUAAAUAAGGAUCCCAAAGGGAGGCUUGGUUGCCAACCACAAACGGGAUUUUCAGAUAUCAAAUCUCAUACGUUCUUCCGUAGCAUAGACUGGGAUCUGCUGGAGAAGAAGCAAGCCCUCCCUCCAUUUCAGCCUCAGAUAACUGAUGAUUAUGGUCUGGAUAACUUCGAUACACAGUUCACCAGCGAACCUGUGCAGCUAACCCCAGAUGAUGAGAAUGUAAUAAAAAGAAUAGACCAGUCAGAAUUUGAAGGAUUUGAAUACAUCAAUCCUCUGUUGCUUUCUACAGAAGAGUCAGUGUGAAGAAAUGGCAUCUCCACUGUGGAUAAAUAAUGUGAAUGAACUAUUAAAUUUAUCCAUAACUACAGUAUAUGCAUGCAAGGCUGGGGAACUGUAAGGUUUUGAGUGGAGACCAAUGAUUUUUUAAAAAAUUGCUGCUGAAAAUCAAAGAAGAGAAUAGAUUUUGGUGGGUAUCUUCCUCUACGUAAUACUAGUUUUCAGUUUGGGGCACUGACAUGAUUGGCUUCUUUUCUGAGGGAAUGUGCACAUGUGCUUGCUUCCCCGAAAAAUCUCAUGUUUGUUACAUCCUCGGGAAAGGAAUGUUCAAACGACUUUGAAGGUGCAAACUUUCUGCAGAACAAAACUUGAUGCAAUGGCCAACAAUUUCAAGAAAAUUUGUGUAAUAUCCUGAAGAAUAAAAUGUUACAGUGGUGUUGAACCUCAAAAAAAAUUAA